UGACAAGCCCAACAGAUCAUGAACCUUCCUGCUACACCACGCCCAGUGCCUUCGGCGUUUUAAACCGAAAUGCCGGGUGUGGCACUGAUUAUAUCUCCGCUUCGUUUCAUGAGGAGCUAGCUCAUCAGCUGUUUUACCACGAUCGCAGCCCAUAUGACAUGAGUCGGGUGACCACUCGGGUCAACACACGGACUAGGAACGAGCAAGAUGAUGACGAAGAGGUGCCAAAAUGUAGUGGACAUCAACGCUUGGCAAAGCAAUUUGUAGCUGGGCCGACCGCUAAGAACCCAGGACGAUCAUUUUAUGCUUGUCCUCUUUCACGGAAUGAUCCUCAAAGAUGCAAAUUCUUCCAGUGGGCAGAUGAGUCCGAGAAGACAACAGUCGCAACGCCUGGCGAAGGCCACAGACUUGGAGGUCGACAGCUACAGACCCCGCCACAGACACAUGAGAUUGAUUGGUCAAAGGUUGAUACCGAUAAGCUCGAGAGGGAGGCGUCUGCAUCCCAAAGCUCUCAACAAGCAGUGAAUACCACACCCUUGAAUGAACGAUUAUCGAGCCUCGCCAAACGGAAAACGGACGAUGAGGAUGUGACGCCGGUCAAGCGUAUCCAUCUUGAUCCACAGAGUCCAUUUGUGACAUCACCCAUGCAUCCAGCUCUCUCCCCCUCGACUCAUCAUCUUGAAGAAGUUUCCGAACACCUUCACCGCCAAGACAGGCUGAUCAAGGCCGGUCAAGCAGCCAAAGAAGGUCUUCGUUCUCAAAUCAACCGGCUGAAAGACCGGAACGCAGAGUUGGAGGCGAGGGUGAAGCAGCUUGAAUCUCAGAUUGAGCAGAUGAGGCGAGGCUGAAUGAUUGACCAUGUCCGGUUUUUCCGGAAUACCCGGGGACGUCGUAAUGCGUGACGCAAAUCUUUUAGGAUUAAUCAGCAUCACCAUCAUCACGUCUAUUUGUGUAUAUAUAAGAGAUCUUGUACUCCAU